AUGGCAGCGGAAAAACGUCAACAAGAAUCUACAGAAUCUGAAGCAAAGCGUAUUCGUGUGGGAACAGCCCGUAAUGUGGAUGUACAUAUGGUCCCUCAGGCACCCAAGGUUCCAAAGACAUUAUUAGAGAAAGAAAAUGCACGACGAUUGAUUGUUAUUUUGGAACAAGCAACUCUUGAAACCUUAAAGAUUGGCAAGAAUAAGGAAGGACACUAUCAGUUACUCAAUGUCGAUGAUCACCUUCACAUCCUUAAAAAGAAUAACAGAGAAACAUAUGAAGCUCGUCCUGAUAUUACACAUCAAUGUCUUUUGACCCUCUUGGAUAGUCCUUUAAAUAAAGCAGGUCUAUUACAAGUGUACAUCCAUACCCAAAAAAAUGUUCUUAUUGAAGUCAACCCACAUAUCAGAAUUCCAAGAACAUUCAAGCGUUUUGCUGGUUUGAUGGUCCAGUUGCUUCACAAACUUAGCAUUCGUGCGGUCAACGGCAAUGAAAAACUGUUGCGAGUGAUUGAAAACCCUGUGGAGAAAUACUUACCAACAAACAGCUAUAAAAUAGCCUUGUCAUGGGAUGCACCAACAGUACGUUUAUCAGAAUAUUUGCCUACGAUUCCUCAAGAUAAGAAUAUAGUCGUCGCAAUAGGUUCUAUGGCUCAUGGUAACGAUGACUUUGCCGAUGCUUAUGUGGAUGAAAAGAUUAGUAUAUCAGACUAUUCAUUAUCUGCAUCUGUCGCAUGUGGAAAAGUAACGAAUGCUUUAGAGGAAAUAUGGGGAAUUUUGUAA